AUGUCUGGCCAACGUGUUCAUGGCGACUUGAACAACACCGAAGUCAUGCGAGAGACCAAUUUCCUGGUGCCGGACCCUGCUUACGAUGGAAAAACAUUGGCUAUCCCUGAACAAGAGGACGACGCAGCAAUCAGAUCAAAAUACAGACCAUUCCUCACAAGCCCCGAAGUGGCAAGCAGCGACUGGAUCUCCCAAUCCGAACUCAGCACCGCAUUAAAAAUGUCUGAAGCAGACAUGGCAAAGACUGGAGGUAACAGACUCAAAAUUUUGAUGCUAUAUGGCAGUUUGCGGGAAAGAUCGUAUUCGCGCUUGUUGGCUUUUGAAUGCUCGCGCAUACUUUGGCGUUUGGGUGCUGAUGUUCGUGUUUUUGAUCCUGCUGGAUUGCCGGUCAAGGAUGAUGUUCAGCAUCAACACCCAAAAGUGCAAGAGCUGCGUGAGUUGAGUAAAUGGAGUGAUGGUCAUGUUUGGGUAUCUCCUGAACAGCAUGGCAAUCUAGUAUGUACAUCUACUGGACAUGGAAUUGAUUCGUCGCUAACCCCCAUAACANNGACCGCAGUAUUCAAGAAUCAAAUCGACUGGGUCCCGCUGAGCACAGGCUCCGUAAGACCAACCCAAGGACGCACCCUAGCAAUCGCUCAAGUUUCUGGCGGUUCACAAUCCUUCAACACCGUCAACUCUCUCCGCAUCCUCGGUCGCUGGAUGCGCAUGUUUGCAAUCCCUAAUCAGUCUUCAGUACCCAUGGCGUAUACCCAAUUCACCGAUGCACACGACGAACAAGAUCACGACGCUUUCGUCAAAGCGGAAGGUGGAAGCAGACUUAAGCCUUCUGGCAAUCGAGAUAGAGUCGUCGAUGUCAUGGAGGAACUGUUCAAGUACACCCUUGUCAUGAGAGAACACUUUGAUCUAUUCGGCGAUCGACACAGCGAGCGAAAAGAGAAAGAGACCAAACGAUUAAGAGAGGUCGAAGUCACCAAAAAGGAAGAAAAGGCAGGGCAAGAAGGCAAUGCAACGAGCAUGAUCACUGCAAAGCUCGUCAACGGCAUUGAUGUCAACGGAAUCUGA